AUGUCAUUAUUUGAGGUCAAGGGCUGGAAUCUCAAGGCGGAUAAGAUUGCCGUUGGGGGCGCAAACCCAAAUGACAAGAAGAAGUCUCAGAAGAAAGAGAGAAAGGAGAAGAAGAGAACGCUAGAGAGUGAGAAGACUGUUGACGUUAAGGCAUCUGACAGUCAGAGAUCUAGGGAUACGAAACCAACGGAAGAGAAGUCCAGAAAGAAGAAGAAAAUCGAAAGAGUGGCAUCAGAUGAUUCCACCCUUGAAGACAAGCACCUGAAAGUCAAAGACCAUGAGAAAAGUGCUUCCAAACCCCACCCAAGCAAAUCGGAUCAGUUCAUCACAAAAGAGCCUGCUUCUGAAAGAAAACUUACACCUUUGCAACAAAAGAUGAUGGCCAAGCUCUCGGGCUCCAGAUUUAGGUGGAUCAACGAACAAUUAUAUACAACGUCGUCAGAGAAUGCAUUGAAACUAGUACAAGAGCAGCCAGCGUUGUUCGAUGAGUAUCACGAAGGAUUUAGGUCGCAGGUGCAACUGUGGCCAGAAAAUCCUGUCGACGUAUUUGUUCAGCAGUUUGAAGCCCGAACAGCGAAGCCUGUCAAUGCACCCGGCGGAUUGCCUGGUUUGCCUGAUAAGAGUAUAGUAGUAGCCGAUAUGGGCUGUGGAGAAGCCCAAUUGGCAUUGGACAUUCAAAAUUUUGUCAAGAAACAUAACAGCAAAAAUCAAAAGAAGAAAGGCGGAAAACAGCAUGGUGAUCGCAAUGGACCCGCAAAAUCUUUGAAUGUGACGGUACACAGUUUCGACUUGAAAAAGGCCAAUGAUAGGAUUACAGUUGCUGAUAUAAAAAAUGUGCCUUUGCCCGAUGAAUCAUGCAGCAUUGUGGUAUUCUGUUUGGCUCUCAUGGGCACCAAUUUUUUGGACUUUGUUGAAGAGGCCUAUAGAAUUCUAGCGCCAAAUGGGGAACUCUGGAUUGCCGAGAUCAAGUCAAGAUUCGCCGAGUCGACCAAUGCAAAGACCAGAAAUGCUGAGGAUGUUGGAUCUGAGUUUGUUGAGUCACUUAAGUUGCUUGGAUUUUUCCACAAGAAGACCGAUAACGAGAACAAGAUGUUUACGCGAUUUGAAUUUUUCAAGCCUUCUAAAGAGAUUAUAGCACAAAGGAAAGCCAAGUUAGAGAAGAAGAAGAAGUUCAUUGAGCAGGAGACUAAAAGAGAGGAGCUUGAACUGAAGCGCAAGGAAAGGGCAGAGGGAGAAUGGUUGUUGAAGCCCUGUAUUUACAAGAGAAGGUAG